UUAAUGUCUGAAGUAGAAGAAAUUAAUUUGGAAUCAAAUAUCAAAAAGCCAAGACAUUAAAGAUAGCAAAAUUAAUCUAGGAACAUUAGAAAGACUAAAAAUAACUUCAAUAGACAAAAAAAUAAUUCACAAAACAGAAAUAGAGACAGAGAUAGAUAGAGGAGGAAUGAUUGGAAACAAUAAAAUGGAGCCAAUACAAGAGAUUUAUACGAAAUUGAUAUCUACAACUUUCUAGCCAAGAAUUAGAUCUCUGACCUAAUAGUAUUAGAAUUGCAUAACCUUAGAGUGAUAUUAGAUCUAGAUGCGGGAAUUUGGUUAAAGUUCAUAUUAUUGCCAAUAAUAUACAAGAGAAUGAGGCUGAAACUAAAGUAAAUAUUCAAUUCAUUAAAGGUAGUCUUGAAGGCAUUUUUCAAAGAUUCAAAGUCAGCAGAUGAAUGCUAUUUUCAAUACAAUGAUGCCAAAUUGGAUGAUUUAUCUUUAAGAACAGAACGCAAAUAUUGAUAUAAAAAUUAUAUAUAAAAU